AUGGCUUACCCAUCACUCCCCUCAGCUACCUACCUUGACCCAUCUCCACCCAUGGGUCAUUCCAUGUAUCACCAUCAUCAUCAUCACUCUUCUGCCGUAUCCACCUCUGAAUCAGCUUCGUCCGUCGAGCCAGUGACGCCUGAAUCUACUCGACAUGAUACCGUCUCUGCAAACGAUAGCCCAGAAGCUGGAAUCUCAUGCAAAUGGAAGAAUUGUGAUCAUGUCGCCUCCUCGCCAGAUGGACUAUACGAUCAUUUGUGUAAUGUCCAUGUUGGGAGGAAGAGUACCAACAACCUCUGUCUCACCUGUGGGUGGGAAGGAUGCGGUGUCAAGUGUGUCAAGAGGGAUCACAUUACGAGUCAUCUCAGAGUUCAUACACCUCUAAAACCUCAUCCUUGUGCGGUCUGUGGCAAGACAUUUAAACGUCCACAAGACUUGAAGAAGCACGAAAGGAUCCACACCCAAGAGCACCACCAACUACACAAAUUGUCCAAGGCGGCCACAUCUCAGGACCCAGCAUUCAAUAAACGAGUAGCACCUGGAUCAGGCAACGCUGCCAACAUCAAGAUUGAGCGACGAGCAUCGACUGAUUCGGAUGAAUUCCCUUCGCCCAACACUGGAUCCAUGUCCCCCACUUCAUCCUCUGGCCGAUCAAACGAUCACUCGUCAUCACCUUAUGACCACAUGAUGCCUCCUCGAGGUCACGAUCAUCACUCGGUCUCUCCCACUCCCUCCGCCCUUGCUGCUCUACAUCGAAAGCAACAUGAAGAGUUGGCGGCCUACCAACAACGUGAGAUGCUUGUCCUUCAGCAACUUGCUUUCCAACAACAGCAGAACAGAGUGUACGCCGCUCAGCUCCUGACGGAUGACUAUGGGCUCAAUGGUGGACAGAAGAGAGACUGGCAAGGGGAGGAGAACAACUUUGGAGACUUCCUAUCGGACAUGAAGAAGAGAAAGGUCGAGCCAGUGUAUGACAACGAUAUGAUGAACCGACUUGACGCUCUCAAUGCCGGAGGCAUGCCAGCUGGUUUCCCUGCUCUUUCAUCCCUCGGAUCUGGAGGCUUUGCUCCCGGCGUCAACACUGGCUUCAAUACUGACUUUACCAUCCCUGCCGGACGGCCGUCUGCUCAGCUCUCGGCACAGGGUGGUGCGGCGCCGAUGAACAUUCCGGAGAUCAGGACCGAGGCCGACUUGGCUCUCUUCAACCAAUUCAUGAUCUCACUUGGUCGCGAUGCCGCUCGAAUGGAUCAACCUCAGCACCGAUCACACGGUUUCAAUCUUGCUCCACCAAUGACUCAUUCGGGUGGAUCAUCGUUCAGCUCAUCGACCACAUCAGGCAGCUCGGGUCUCGGCGCCAGUCCCGUACUGUCAGAGCACUCGCCCGUCGAAGACUUGUUCAAUCCUGAGGAGCUUGCUUCGCUCGGCCUGUCUGGCAUGCCUGGUAUCCCGUCCAACAACUUCAACGCUCCUCAACCUGCUUCCAACAACAGCUCGCUCUACGGUCAUCUCUACAGUCAGCUCGAGCAGUCCAAGAGGGUCAUUGCUGGUCUUCCUCGAAGCACGUCCAACGCUCACCCGCCGCACAUGGAAGCGCAUCGAUCGUAUCCAUUUGACGCGAUCAACACCAACAUGAACGCGUACCCAUCCUUGCCAAAUUAUGGCAUACCCGACGUUCACUCGUUGGACUUUAACAAUUUUGCUUCAUUUGACUCAUUAGCGCCCAGCAAAGCACCUGGACCUGUUCCCACGCUCGCCCCACGAGACUUCAACAAGAAGACGUAUCGACAUGUGGCGCCACUCGGUGCAGCCGUCUCAUCACGCCAUGUAGAGUCUGCCGAACGGGGAACUCAGUACGAUGAGCCAGAGGAGUUGAGCGGGGAGGAGAAUGAACCCACCCGUCGAUUGUCCGUUGCCGAUCUCUUAUUGUCUGACGACAAUGCCGACCCGAGUCUGAGACUGCCUCGCAUUCACCGUGUCAUUUCGAAAGAGCGUGACGAGUCACCACACUUGCCCGGAGUUGCAGCUAUCAAAUCUGGAUCACCAAUCCGAUACCCUCACGUCCCUGUCAAGCGUCAUACAGAGGAUGAGAUUGUUCGUGGAGUGAAGCGACUUGAGAUUGGCGAGCCUGGACGUCCAUCACCCAAAAUCGAUGAUCUCGAUGAUGUUGAAGCCAAGUUGAGGAUGGAAAAAAUCACCAGGAGACGGCACGCCCUCAUGAUUCGAUCUUGGAUCCUCGCCGUCAACCUCGAUUUUAGGUCUCGAAAGUUGAGAUCACAGCUUGAGGAGCGGGCUCAGACGGAUGACGAGGACGAUGAGGAGGAAGACGAGCAUGAGCCUCGCGAGGGCAGGGGUCGCCCGGACCCCAUUCGGAUCAAAACUGAACCACUGGACGGGUACAGUCGUGAGCCCGACGAGGUCGAUGACGAGGAAGAUGGUGAUUUGACACCGACCGAGACAUCGAAACGGUUGGGUAUUCAUGACAUCGCUGCAUAG